AUGCCUCCACCGUGUGAUAUUGAGAUAUGCAAGCGUAAAUCACGAGCAUUAUGUCAUUGUUGUAGUAAGAAUCUUUGUCCUGAUCAUUUAAAAGAACAUGAUGAUGUAAUCAAUUCUCAAGUAAAUCCUCUUGUUGACGAAAUUAAUAAUAUUGAUAAUCAAUUGUCGGCAUUAAAUGUUGAUGAAAUUAUUGGUAAAUGUCGUCAAAAAUUGGAUAAAUGGCGUCAUGAUUGUCAUAAUAUAAUCGAUCAUUACUAUGAAGAAAAAUGUCAAGAACUUCAACAACGUUGUGUUCAACAAGCUAGUCAAAAACGAAAAAAAAUUCAUCAAUUAAAAUUAAAAACAAACGAACUUAUUCAAGAACAAGAAGUUACAUAUGACGAUAUUUCAUCAUUGAAAGCAACUAUUAAUGAUAUCAAACGUGACGUUAACCAAUUUGAAGACAAUGGUAUUUUAUUUGAUAUUCAUCCUUUAAUUAUUAAUCAAAAUUUAGUUUAUAUUGAAGACUUAAUAUCGAACGAAUUUGAUAUAUCAACUCUUUCGUCUCCUUACCGAUCAAUCGAUUGUUCUACCGAUUAUUGCCAGGCACUGGCAAGCAAUAAUCACUUUUUACUAUUAGAUCAAUAUCCAAAUUUAUUGACAAAAGAAGAACAUCGUACCGAAUUUUUAGAUAAAAUGAUUUUUAAUUUGUCAAGUCUUACUUUCAGAUCAUUUUUUUGUUCUUUUCAUACUAUGGCUUCAGCCGUGUCAGUUCAAACACCAAAUGCUGCGCAAAAUCUUGAAAAAAAUGAACUUUAUUCAAUUGGUCCCAAUUUUUGGAAUGUUCGUGGUCGUUUUAAAAUUUUAAAACUAAUUGAUAUUGGAACACAAAUGUCAAUAAUAAGACUACGUAAUGGAAAAUUUAUUAUUCUUGAUACAGUUGAAAUGAAUGAUCAUCUUCGACAACAAAUUGAUCAUUUAACAAAUUAUGGAAAAAAUAUAAAAGCUGUUAUCGGUACACAUCCAUUUCAUACAGUAUCAUUUCCAGCUUUUUAUCAACUAUAUCCAAACGCAGCUUACUACGGAACACCAAGACAUCUACGUCGAUUAACAGAAAUUCCAUGGCGAGGUGAUCUUACUGACUGUAAUGUUAGAAAAAAAUGGGAACCUGAAGUUGAAAUGCGUAUUCCAGCAGCAGAAUUUGUUAAUCCACAACCUGAAUCAAGAAAUCAUUUUAUAAGUGUUUUUGUUUAUCAUCGAGCAUCUCGUACUCUUCAUGUUGAUGAUACAAUAAUGUAUACUGAAAAACCUGGUUUUUUACUUAAAUUAUUUGGUUAUAACAAUGGUAUGAUGGCAUUUCAUCCAUCAAUUAAAAGUUCUGGUCUUUAUCCAACAAGUUAUGCACCAUAUUUAUUUCGUGAUUGGAUGCGUAAAAUGCUACAUGAUUGGCAUUUUGAAAACAUUUGUUGUGCACAUUUGGAUCUUAAAAUGGGUGAGGCAUAUGCUGAUGUUACUACAUUACUUAACAAUGCCGAGCCUUUAUUUGCUAAAAUUAGUGAGAAAAAUCGAAGAAAGAAUCCUGGAGAUGAAAUACCAUUUGGUAAUUAUCCAAAUAUCAAUGUUAGUGAUAAUGAAUGUGGAUAA